AGCAUCAAGCGAUUGCAGACAACACAUCUGGGUCAGGACUCAUGCCACACACAGGGCAGGCGGGGGUGAAUCAGCUGGGCGGCGUGUUCGUGAACGGCCGUCCCUUGCCCGACUGUGUACGCCGCCGCAUCGUGGAACUCGCCCUGAUGGGGGUGCGACCUUGUGACAUCUCGCGGCAGCUGUUGGUCAGCCACGGGUGUGUCUCCAAGAUACUUACCAGGUUCUACGAGACGGGGAGUAUCCGCCCAGGCAGCAUCGGCGGCAGCAAGACUAAGCAAGUGGCGACACCGACAGUAGUGAAGAAGAUUCUCAGGUGUAAGCAGGACAAUCCUGGCAUGUUUGCGUGGGAGAUUCGCGAGCAGUUGCUGGCUCAGAAGAUUUGCGACCCCCAGGCCAUCCCCAGCGUCAGCUCCGUGAACCGAAUCCUGCGCAACAGCGGCGCCUGGCCAGACCCGCCCCCUGUUGCAGGAAUGGAUGCACACGAGAGUAGAGUGUUCCCUGAGCCCGCGUACCGUCACUACUCCCUGGCACCACCUCCCUGGCAGCAUCAACCCCUGGACACUUGUAGCAGUGAGAGUGACGGUGGUGACUCUCCUGGCCCCGAGCCCGAGCCUAAACAGCACCCCAGUCCUUACUCCAUAGAGGCCAUCCUCGCCAAGUCACCCACCAAGAGGGCGCGGCCCCCCGCUCUCUCCGUCCAGAGCCUCCUGCUGGUCUACCCUCCCUGCGGUCUACUCCUGGAUCGCUCCUGCACCUGCGGUCUGCAGACUAGGCACCAGUGAGAGCUACAGGCUGUUCGAAUUUCUUACCUCAGAAAUCUGUGUAUAUUAUUGCGUCAUAUUCAUCAUUAGUCUGUAAGGCUCCCUACCAGGCCUCUGUUAGGCCUACAUAACAGUUACAGUUUUUUUAAAUCGAUAAAAUACAAUAUAACAGGAGAACAUAAUUAACUAUAACGACUUUAGUGGUAAUUUUUAAAUAUCCGAAUUUAAUUGUACAUUUUAGCUAAAGUAAUCUUGCAAACUAGGCAACACGGUUGCUCUUUUUGAAUUACAAUUUAAAUAAACUACAAAUUCUUGUUGCGAAAUGGUUUUAAAAGUCUCAUUGUCCAAUUUUAGUUGUACAUUUUAGCCAAAGAAAUCUUGAAAAUCAGGCAACACAGUUGUUCUCUUUAAAUUAUAUUUUAAAUUAAUUACAUUUAUUCUUGAUGCGAAAUAAUUUUUAAAGUCUCAUUGUGUCAUUAUUCACUCAAGCAAUACUUAAUUAUUAUUAUCAAGAAUUCAAAAUCAUUAUCACGAUUAAAUAGUUUUUUUUAAAGGUAAAGCAAAAUACAAAUUUGUCAUAAUUUGCUUUAUGUUAUAAAUUGAUAAGUUAAACGAUGAGCUGUUCAACAGAUGGGUAAAUAGAAAACAACACUAAAUUUGUAUAGCUAAACGGUACUCAGAAAUUUAAUUGAUGGCCGACGUAAACUUUUCCAAAGAACUACAUUAAAACUACAACAUCUUUAAAUUUGUGUACUUUUAUCCACCUUAAUAAGUACUUUGAAUAAGAGACUAUUGCUUUAGUUUUAAAGUGUAAUACGAGUAAUACAGUAAGAUUACGAGAACAUAGAAUUAGCUGUUUGUAGUUGUGUUGUAAAACAAACUAGUGACUGUAAGAAGUAGACUAAUUAUUUCAUUUUUAAAUUGUUGGGUGUUUGUAGACACUUUUGAUUUGAAGUAUGUCAUUUGCAAAGACGUUCCACACAAUUUUACUUUCUACUGUUGGUUUAUGUUACAGAGCUGUAAUUUGUAAUUGUGUUAUAGAAUUAAUUACUUUCGUGUAGUGUGAUACACAAAAUAUUUUAAUUUGUAGAUAAUUGUACUGUUUGAUAAUUAUAAGUUCUUAUGAGAUAUUAAGAAAAAAAUAUUCGGAAAUGUACAAAUACAAUGUUUAACUUUAUCUAAUUCCAUUUACCAAAGCUACAAAUUGGUGAUUUUAAGACGAUAAACGAAACAAUUACGCUAUAGUAUGCAAUAUCUUUUUUUUCAUAUACAUGAAUGCAGGGAAACACUAGUCGUAGAGUCUAUAAGUUUGUAAAGUUAUAAGUUCGUAUGGAUGUAUAAAAUAAGUAAAUACUUAAUAAUUGUGUGCAUAGUUUUAUU